AUGCCCUACAACGCCUUCGAAAGGGCGUCACGAAGGAGGCUGCAACCACGCGACACAACCAGAUCAGAACUCUAUACCGAGUUAAGGCCAGCCGACCAGCUCAACUUGGUUGCAUCGAGGUUCGGCCCCGAGUUUGACCCCGAACGAGCUCUACUGCCCAUGACGGUCAAGGUGCUGGGUGUGGAGCUGGACAGGCUCCCGGGCGAGGUUGUGCCCAGGGAGCUCGUUGUGGCAAGGGGAUCUACGUCAAGGUCCUUACUUCCUCGCAGUUCUGUUGCGGGAGGCAAGGCCUAUUCAUGCCAAGUGGAAGACUGGUCCCGUGACCCGCUUCAGUUGAAAAAGAAGAAGCCUGCGGUUCCUGCAGGCCGUGGUUUUGUGGUUGAGUGGUGGGGCAAUUGGGCUAGUCCUAAUUUGGAAGAGGGGCUGCGAGGUGGUGCCUGCAGCCAAGGUCUGAGAACAGUGGGGCUGCAGUAUCCGCAGUACCAGGAUGCUGAGCAGGACAUCCUAGGAGAGGUCGGCAUCACGGUCCUGGACAGCCUGCGCGCGUUUCUGGAGGUGGACGACGCCACGGCCGUAGUCUCCCUUGUGCCAGAGACACCCGUGCGCGCCAGAUUAUGUGAGCUGCAGGGGCUGCGUGAGUGCGAAUGGCUUGGUCGGCCGGACAUGUCUGAUAACGAUUCCCCUCGGCUAGAGAGGAUGAUCCGGUCCCGUUACACGGAGCUGCCGUUUCCCGAGGACGCAGAGGGCUUUGCGUCCCUCCCGGCUGUUUACGUCAGGAAGCACUGA